AUGACUACUGCUUCAAAGCUGAUGAGUUCCUCGUCAAAGCGACGUUCCUUGUCGCUGCCUUUUGAGUUAGUAGAAGCGAUACUUUACAAGGUUCCGGUCGAAUCAUUGGUACGGUUCAAAUCGGUAUGCAAACAAUGGUACACUUUCUUCAACGACAAGAUAUUCAUCUACAAACACUUGGAUCUCUACCAGGAACGAUUCAUAGGAUUUAAUCAAACUGAUCCUAAAUCGACUCAAAUCUUCAAUCCUGAGACCAAUGGUAUAUUGCGUCUACCAACCCCAGACGAGCUACACAGUUAUACUUUCAGUGGAGUGCUUCACUCAUGCGACGGAUUAUUGCUAUGUGUGUGUGUUGAUAGAUGUACGCAUGGUAAUGAUAAAUAUAGAAAGCUCGUAGUUUGGAAUCCGAUUUUGAGCCAAAUCAAAUUGAUUGAACCCUCGAGUUCUUACAAUGAGUUUGAUAUCUACGGUUUUGGAUAUGAUAUUGUAUCCCGUGACAACUACAAGGUCUUGAGGAUUAGUAAAGAAUAUUAUAAAGACGAAUCAUCAGAGAUUGAGAUAUAUGAGUUUAAGUCUAAACGAUGGAGAUGUGUUGAUGCUACUCUCGAAUGCGAUAUGUGGGCUUCUGUGUCUAUAUAUAGAAACAUGUACUGGCUUGCUCAAAAGAGGAUGGGAACUGAAUGUUCUCUUAGUCUUAGUAAUGAUCAAACAGUUAGAGUACUCUUGUCAAGUUUUGGAGGAGACAAGCUUUCUUUAUUACAUCAAGAUAUCCAUAUGGAGAUUGAUGUGUGGGUUACAAACAAGCUGACCGAUGGGAUUGUCUCAUGGAGCAAGUAUUAUAAUGUAAUUGCUGAUACCUUGAUAUUACACUCCAGUUCCCAUCACAACGUUUUACGAACACACUUCAUCCACAAGACCAAUAAGAUCAUGUUAUGGUGCGAGGAACUUGAUGUCAAAAUGGGAGAUAGUUGCACCAGUAUUUACCAAAUGGGUGAUGGUUAUGAGAUCAAAAAACAAGUUGCGAUGACUGAAAGAUCUAAACAUAAAUAUUGCGAUGUGUAUGUUCCAAGUGUAGUCCCGGUUCCAAAAUGA